AAAUUGAGCAUAAACGUUUUCUAUAAACACGUGAAGUUUUUAGCUUGCGGCAAAUUUAUUCAAUUUUUUUAGUUCUUCAAACUGUUUUUCAGUCAGGGGAUUGGAAGUGGCAAUCGAGAUAAGAAAUUUCAUAAUUGGCUGUCCUGUCGAGCAGCAUCCAGACCAAAUAUGUCCGGAUGUCACGUCGUAUAUGAUGAGGGAGUGUGAUAUUAAGCGAAAUUUUUACGAAGUGCUUGGAGUCAGUCGUUCAGCUACUAAUCAGGAUAUAAAACAGGCAUAUUUCGGUUUGUGUAAGAAGUUGCAUCCAGAUUCCGCCUCUUGCAGUAAAAGUACCAGUCGAUUUAUUGAAUUGAACGAAGCGUAUACGGUUUUGUCCAGCGCUGCAUUACGGUCGCAGUAUGAUGGCUUCUUGGCUGGCAGUGACCAGCCGAAGUACGACUACUGGUCCUAUACUGCAAGACCUACUUAUCCGGAUUCUUUAUUUUAUCAUUAUCGUGAAUCCAACUGGACCAGUGCUGGACAAGAGGACAUCGGAUGGGUGGGUAGAACAGCGGCUUUUCUGUUCUGCUUUGUGCUGUUCGCGGUGAUGACAUUUCAGACCAUUAGAUUACGCAUAGCGAUCCAGAGACGAAUGCUUCGUGAGCAUCACGCGAGGAUGGCAGCGAUGUUACACGAAGAAGAACAAAUCGCGUAUGCAUAA